GGAGUAACCUGGGUGAUUCUGAGUGAAUCAGUCAGGGAGGCCUUCCUGGAGGGGGGCUGAGGCCCCAGCUUGUGGCCACCACGACGUAUCAAGCAAUUUCCAGUGUUGGGCUCAGGACUAGGAGCUAACGCGGCUGGGGUCCUCCUUGGCUCUGGAGGAUGAGGCUCCUCCGCAGACGCCACAUGCCCCUGCGCCUGGCCAUGGUGGGCUGCACCUUUGUGCUCUUCCUCUUCCUCCUGCAGAGGGAUGUGAGCAGCAGGGAGCAGGCCACAGAGAAGCCAUGGCUGAAGUCCCUGGUGAGCCAGAAGGAUCACGUCCUGGACCUCAUGCUGGAGGCCGUGAACAACCUUAGAGAUUCAAUGCCCAAGCUCCAAAUCAGGGCUCCAGAGCCCCAGCAGACUCUGUUCUCCACAAACCAGUCCUGCCUUCCUGGGUUCUACACCCCAGCUGAACUGAAGCCCUUCUGGGAACGGCCACCACAGGACCCCAAUGGCCCUGGGGCAGAUGGGAAAGCAUUUCAGAAAAGAAAGUGGACCCCCCUGGAGACCCAGGAAAAGGAAGAAGGCUUUAAGAAACACUGCUUCAAUGCCUUUGCCAGUGACCGGAUCUCCCUGCAGAGGUCCCUGGGGCCAGACACACGACCCCCUGAGUGUGUGGACCAGAAGUUCCGGCGCUGUCCCCCACUGGCCACCACCAGCGUCAUCAUUGUGUUCCACAACGAGGCCUGGUCCACGCUGCUGCGGACAGUGUACAGCGUCCUACACACCACGCCUGCCAUCUUGCUCAAGGAGAUCAUACUAGUGGAUGAUGCCAGCACUGAGGAGCACUUAAAGGAGAAGCUGGAGCAGUACGUGAAGCAGCUGCAGGUGGUGAGGGUGGUGCGGCAGGAGGAGCGGAAGGGGCUGAUCACCGCCCGGCUGCUGGGAGCCAGCGUGGCACAGGCGGAGGUGCUCACGUUCCUGGAUGCCCACUGUGAGUGCUUCCACGGCUGGCUGGAGCCCCUCCUGGCUCGAAUCGCUGAGGACAAGACGGUGGUGGUGAGCCCAGACAUCGUCACCAUCGACCUUAAUACUUUCGAGUUCGCCAAGCCCGUCCAGAGGGGCAGAGUCCAUAGCCGAGGCAACUUUGACUGGAGCCUGACCUUUGGCUGGGAAACACUUCCUCCACAUGAGAAGCAGAGGCGCAAGGAUGAGACCUACCCCAUCAAAUCCCCGACGUUUGCUGGUGGCCUCUUCUCCAUCUCCAAGUCCUACUUUGAGCACAUCGGUACCUAUGAUAAUCAGAUGGAGAUCUGGGGAGGGGAGAACGUGGAAAUGUCCUUCCGGGUGUGGCAGUGUGGGGGCCAGCUGGAGAUCAUCCCCUGCUCUGUCGUAGGCCAUGUGUUCCGGACCAAGAGCCCCCACACCUUCCCCAAGGGCACCAAUGUCAUUGCUCGAAAUCAAGUGCGCCUGGCAGAGGUCUGGAUGGACAGCUACAAGAAGAUUUUCUAUAGGAGAAAUCUGCAGGCAGCAAAGAUGGCCCAAGAGAAAUCCUUCGGUGACAUUUCGGAACGACUGAAGCUGAGGGAACAACUGCACUGUCACAACUUUUCCUGGUACCUGCACAAUGUCUACCCAGAGAUGUUUGUUCCUGACCUGACGCCCACCUUCUAUGGCGCCAUCAAGAACCUCGGUACCAACCAGUGCCUAGAUGUGGGUGAGAACAACCGUGGGGGGAAGCCUCUUAUCAUGUACUCCUGCCACGGCCUUGGUGGCAACCAGUACUUUGAGUACACAACUCAGAGGGACCUUCGUCACAACAUCGCAAAGCAGCUGUGUCUACAUGCCAGCAAGGGUGCUCUGGGCCUGUGGAACUGUCAUUUCACUGGCAAGAAUAGCCAGGUCCCCAAGGACGAGGAAUGGGAAUUGACCCAGGAUCAGCUCAUCAGGAACUCAGGAUCUGGUACCUGCCUGACAUCCCAGGACAAAAAGCCAGCCAUGGCCCCCUGCAAUCCCAGGGACCCCCAUCAGUUGUGGCUCUUUGUCUAGGACCCAGAUCAUCCCCAGAGAGAGCCCCCACAAGCCCCUCAGGAAACAGGAUUGCUGAUGUCUGGGAACCUGAUCACCAGCUUCUCUGGAGGCCUUAAAGAUGGACUUCUAAGCCCACUGGGUGGCGAGGCAGGACCUUCCUACUCCUUGCAACAACACUGGGCCCAUUUUCUUUCCUUCACAGUGACAGAAGAGACCAUUAGGACAUAUAUUUAGCCUGGGGUUUUCCUUCUGUCCUAGAAACGGAGGCUUCCGAAGCAGGAAAGGCAACUGGAGGGUCCAGGGCAGCAAUGCUGAGCUCAAGAAACAUACUGCAGGCUGGGCACAGUGGCUCACACUGGAAAUCCUAGCACUUUGUGAAGACAAGGUGGGAGAACAGCUUGAGCCCAGGAGUUUGAGACCAGCUUGUACAACAUAGUGAGGACCCCAUCGCUACCCACCCCUAAAAAAAAUAGCUGGGCGUAGUGGCUUAUGCCUGUAGUCUCUGCUACUCGGGAGGCUGAGGUGGGAGGAUUGCUUGAGCCCGGGAGGUUGAAGCUGCAGUGAGCCUUGAUCAUGUCACUGCACUCCAGCCUGUGCAACAGGUGAGACUCUGUCUCAAAAAAAAAAAAAAAGAAGAAGAAAAGAAAAAAAAGGAAAGGAAAAGUACUUCUACAGCCAUGUCCUGAUUCCUUGAUCAUCCAAAGUACCUGCAGAGUCCAGUGAAGAGUCCAUAUUCUGGCCGGGCACAGUGGCUCAUACCUGUAAUCCUAAUUCUUUGGGAGGCCCAGGUGGGCGGAUCACCUGAGGUCAGGAGUUUGAGACCAGCCUGGACUACAUGGUGCAACUCUGUGUCUACUAAAAAUACAAGAAGUAGCUGGGUGUGGUGGCAGGUGCCUGUAGUCCCAGCUACUUGGGAGGCUGAGGCAGAAGAAUCGCUUGAACUCAGGAGGCAGAGGUUGCAGUGAGCCGAGACCAUGCCAUUGCACUCCAGUCUGGGUAACAGGAGCAAAACUCCAUCUCA